UUCUUUUUUCCUUAUUUUUCUUUCGCUGCAGGUCCCUGCCCCUCCAUUUCCAGCCUUCGAUGUGGGGGGUUUAUGCUGUGGUAAAUUGUAAUAACUACGUACUAGUUAUGUACCUGAGUACAAACCGUUAGUGGAGCUUAGCCGAAAGCUUCAACAAGCUUCGCUGUUUCUUCGCUGUUUCCAGGUUCGCCAGGCCGGGUCCUACUAACCUAGCAAAAGUUGCUCCUACUCCUCAUUCUCCCCAAAGGAAACGAAGGCAAGCAAGCAAGCUUUUUUUUUUCUACCUACCCUUCUUCGAGCGAGCCGCUUUCAUCAUCCACCCACAUAAAAAAUCGCACUCAAAUUUUUCCAAACACCCGACAAUUAAAUUAAUCGCGGGGAUCCCGACCGACUUUACUAACCUCCCUCUAACUUGACUUGCACCUCGACGACGACACGUAUCUAUUUCCCCCAUGUCGUUGUAAUCAUAUCGCGCGAAUACCCGUCUCGACCAAGAAAAAAACACACGAGUUCCUGCAGCCUUAUCUCCGCUUUCUACCCAUUCCGUCAUCCGAUUGUCCGACUUUCCCAACGUGCACGCCUGUCGUCAUCUAGUUGAACACGAUUGAACAACGUAGUAUACUCGUUACCUAUCGAACUAUACAGCUAGCAAUUGUUGUCUCUUUAUUCAAAGCUCUAUUCGCGUGAUCACACCGUACAGUUGCCUUCGAGCCAGGAAAUAAUUCAAUCGCCAAAAUGUCAGGAGAGGCGUGGCUGUAUCUCUUUGCCGUGCUCAUAAAUGCCGUCAACCUCUUUCUUCAGGUCUUCUUCACGAUUAUGUACAGCGAUUUAGAAUGUGACUAUAUCAACCCUAUCGACCUUUGCAACCGCCUUAACACCUACAUCAUCCCCGAGGCUGCCGUACAUGGAUUCCUGACGUUCUUGUUCCUGAUCAAUGGUUAUUGGAUGGCGCUUGUUCUCAACCUACCUCUCCUGGCUUGGAACAUCAAGAAGAUUGUUAACAACACACACUUGCUUGACGCAACUGAGAUCUUCAGGAAGUUGAAUGUUCAUAAGAAGGAAUCAUUCAUCAAGCUUGGCUUCCACCUAGUCAUGUUCUUCUUCUACCUAUACAGCAUGAUUGUUGCCCUAAUCAAAGACGAGACGAAAUAAGCUGCUAUACGUCCGAUCAAGUAUCUUGAAGGCUCAAUAUGGCACCUAAGCACAGCUGGGAUCGGAUGGAACAAGUGUCAUAAGUCACAACCCUUGAAGUUCCGCUGUGGCCUAAUAGAAGGCAUAUAUCAAUAUAGACAACCCUGGAGAAUCUUUGUGUUGGGAGUUUUGGACAGUGAUGAAUACCUACCUAGGUAGUUGGAACGAAUCAACAGAGCUAGGCUAGGGGAGGUCAUCCACAGUUUACGAACAGACAGGCAGGCUAUUGCGUCAAUCCUAGAGGAGUGCGCAAUUCCACGGGAUGGGAGGAUAACGGCAAUGUGAGCUUUUGGGCUCGGAAUAGGCUCGGUCGUAAUGCACAGAUACAUGACCAGCAUGUGCUGUUUGUUCGGAUCGGGAAUUUUCAUACAUAAUGAAACUACAGAAUAAUACCCCGAAAUGUGUGAACGGUCUUUAAUGUUACUUUACGGUAGAGCUUUAAUGUUUAUGUCAGUCAACGUUCUUAAUGUUUGGGUGUUGGCAUAAGUAGGUACUUUGGUAUUUAUGUAAAUAUCGAGACACUACUGCUGGUAAUUCUUAGUCAUACG